ACAGAGACACAUUUGCUUCCUGUAUUUUUUUUCUUUCAUAUUUUCAGUUGUUGCCAUUUUUUUGCCUCUCUCUCUUACACUCUCUCUCUCUCUCUCUCUCUCUCUCUCUCUCUCUCUCUCACUCACUCACGCUCUCUCUCGGCAGAGGGGGGGAAGGAGGGCCUCACAUGAAAAGCAGCAGAAGGGAAGGCAGUGCAGGAGCAGCCUGUAGAGACGGGGACAGACUGUGUGUGUGUCCACCUCCAUCACACUGAAACGUAUACACACACACUCACACACACACACUCACACACACACACACACCCUCCAGUUGUGGAUUUAUCAGUGUUGCCAAAGAAGCUGGAGGGCCUUGUGUCAUCCUCGUACGCAGCAGCAGCAGCAGCAGGGACACACACGUUCCUCGUCCAUUCCUGAGUUCAGGGCACUGAGAAAUGAACAAAAUGAAGAACUUCAAGCGCCGCUUCUCACUGUCCGUGCCGAGAACAGAGACGAUAGAGGAGAACGAGUUCACGGAGCAGAUAAACCAGCUCAACAUCCAGCGUAAUGAAGAUCUGGUGCCGAACAGCCUGGGUCUGCACGCUCUACACCCGUCGCCCAGUCCACUGGCCUCCGACCAUCAGGCUCCAUCUCCCACCCAGCUGCACUACCACAGCAAAGUCCAGCACCGUCGCUUCUCCAUGGAGGACGUGAGUAAGAGGAUGUCUCUGCCCAUGGACAUUCGUUUGCCUCCGGAGUUUUUAAAGAAGUUGCAGAUGGAGAGCCCAGAAUCGUGCAAACCACACAGCCGCAUGUCCAGACGAGCCUCACUGUCUGACAUCGGUUUCGGGAAACUGGAGACGUACGUGAAACUGGGCAAACUGGGAGAGGGCACUUAUGCUACGGUAUUCAAGGGGCGCAGCAAGCUGACAGAAAACCUGGUGGCCCUGAAAGAGAUACGGCUUGAGCAUGAAGAAGGAGCCCCUUGCACAGCUAUCAGGGAAGUUUCACUGCUGAAAAAUCUGAAACACGCCAACAUCGUGACUCUGCAUGAUAUCAUCCACACCGACCGCUGCCUCACUCUGGUCUUCGAAUAUUUGGACAGCGAUUUGAAGCAGUACCUAGACAACUGUGGAAACCUCAUGAGCAUGCACAACGUGAAGAUAUUUAUGUUCCAGCUUCUGCGUGGCUUAUCUUAUUGUCAUAAGAGAAAGAUUCUACACAGGGACCUCAAGCCACAGAAUCUGCUCAUCAACGAGAAGGGAGAACUGAAGCUAGCUGACUUUGGUCUGGCAAGAGCAAAAUCCGUGCCAACGAAAACCUACUCCAAUGAGGUGGUGACUUUGUGGUACCGGCCUCCAGAUGUCCUGCUGGGUUCCACAGAGUACUCGACUCCCAUAGACAUGUGGGGCGUAGGGUGUAUUUUGUACGAAUUGGCAACGGGACGGCCCAUGUUCCCAGGCUCGACCGUCAAAGAGGAGCUGCACCUGGUUUUCCGCCUCAUGGGAACCCCGACUGAAGAGACCUGGCCUGGGAUUACUGCGAAUGAGGAGUUCAAGUCAUACCUUUUCCCCCUGUACAGAGCCCAGGCUCUAAUAAACCAUGUUCCCAGGCUGGACACUGAGGGCAUCGAUCUUCUCUCGGCUCUUCUACUGUAUGACACCAAAAAAAGGAUCUCGGCCGAGGCGUCUCUGAGACACGCGUACUUCCUCAGUCUGGGAGAGAGCAUUCACUCCUUACCAGACACGUCUUCAGUGUUCUUGAUAAAGGAGGUGCAGCUUCAGAAGGACCCCGGCCACCGGAGCUCAGUCUUUCAUCCAGGUCGGGGAAAGAACCGCAGACAGAGUAUAUUCUAACGACUGAUACAUUUAUGGAGGAGGAACAUCAUCACCAUGAAGCGAAUGGCUGUAAAUCUAAAGAAACUGCCCAGCUGUAUCCCAAAACCUUCUCAAACUGAAACACACACACACACACACACACACACACAACUAACUGAAGCCAAUUCUACAGUAUUCACUGCUGUUUUAUUGAAUUUGACAAAUUUACACAGCUCGUUAUUUCUCACUGUGCUUUCUCAACACUCAUAUCUGGAUCAGCAUUGUGCUCCAAAAGUAUUUAAAGGACAAAUCCACCCUGAACAGCAUGCAUUCAUCUCAUAUUUAUCUUAGUAAUUAACACGUGAUCUUCAACUGCAUCCCAGAUUUAUUUUAUAAAGAAAUUCCAAGGGUUUUUGUUCUACACGUAUUUUGUCGACAUGUUCGUCUAUUUUUAUGUUGGUGAAUGGUUUCCUAUAUUACCAAAGCUUCGAUUUUCAUUCUGAACAACACCAUCGCACUCGCUGAUCCUAUAGACCGCUAACUAGCCGAGCUGAGUCUCUGUGCCGUAUAACUGCAGUGCAUUCUGGGACAAGGUUUUCACCAAUCUCUAUACUGCUUCUACGCUGGAUUUCUCAUGAACAUGAGGUUAAGCGUUGCUGGAAAUUGGUGAAUGAGAAAAUAAAUCAUUUUGUUCUUAGGAGCUCGUUAUGACUUGUCUUUGAGAUCGGUGAACUGGCAUCAGAGCGUCACAUAGCCGCUAGCUUUUCACAGGAAUAAUGAAAAUACAACAUCGACCGAACACAUUAGUGCCGGAAUCCCUAAACAUGUAUUAAACAUGUAUCAGGGUGGAGUUUUCCUUUAAAUCUAAUUUCUUUUUAAAAAAAUAUGGACUAGACAGCACAAAAAAAGAGGACCUGGUAUUAAACAUUAAAGUUUUAAUGAUGUAUGUAAGUGACCUGGAAAGUCUGUCAUAGUUAUACAUAAAAAAGUGGUAUAAUGUACCCAAUUAAAAGUGGACGCCACUCAGUGAAAGUUCAAAAGUGUCCACACUGAAAUUUUUCUAAAGAUUUAAUCGUUAAAGUGAAACGAUAUGAUCACACGUCAGGACUUUUUUGUUUGUUUUGCAACAUGAUCUCCCUCUUUUAACUUUCAUAGACAUGUGCAGGUCACACCACCUUUCACUUCGAGUCACGUCACAAAUAUUAACGUCACUUUGGGGUGGGGCUAGCGUUCACUCCGUUCCUUACAACUUGAUUUGUAGCAGUCAUACUACAUGUUUGAAUUCAUACAACUUUGUGAUCUGUAAUGAAGUAUAAAACAAGUCAGAAGUAACACAGGUCGUGCUAGUACAGGAAGAUAAUCAACAACAGGCUGUUGUGAAGAAGCAGAGUUCCUGUUAGUGGCCCAAAGCUAAACACACACACACACACACACACACAGCCUGAAUUGAUUAGUUUCAUACUUUUGAUCCAUUUAUAGUUACGUUUCGUGUUUCGUUUCUCUCUUUUGAAGUGAGCAAGAAAAAAAACACAGCUUUACUGAUACAGAAAAACCACAAACAACUUACUGAGUGCUAUAAUAAAUGUUAAACAAACAUCUCCUGGCAGAAAACUUCAACAAUUACAUGGGGUUUUUUUGUUGGAUAAAAAAACAAAACACUUUAGAUCCCUGUGAUGUAAUAGAUUGGAAGAAGUAAGAAAAACAAUAUCCACAAUGAGAACAAAAUGAGAGCUGCCUAUGAACUGUUAAACCAUAAUAGUUUUAAAUGGUAUAAAUUAGGCAUAUAAAACACCUGAGGUUUCGGAACCCUAUUGUUUUUGUUAAGAUGAUUAUUGUUCCAAGCACCGAAGGUUCUGGAAACCUACUGUUUUUGUUAAGAAGUUUAGGGGUCCAUACACCUGAGGUUCUGGAACCCUAUUGUUUCUUUAAAGAUGUUUAGAGGUCCAAGCACAGAAGGUUCUGGAACCCUAAACUACUCUACUCAGCAGUGUGUGAAACUCAAUAACUAUCUUAACCAUGUUGAGAUUUGUAAACAAUAUGGCCACCACACAUCAAUCAAUUUUAAGGAAGCAGAACCUAAUUUACUCAACUGAUUCGAUUAAAUUAAAAUGAAUGUCUGCUUGCGUGGAUUCGCACAAAACUUAAAAGAUACAUACACCAGAAGAUUCUGAGAUUUAGAUUACACAGCACCCAUCGUACAAGUCCUUGUGUUUGAGCUGUUGCUAUGGAAAUGGCAACAUAUUAGAAUGAGCGCAUUCAUAUAAACCUUCUGGGUAAUCAGAUUUGAGAAUUCAGCAGUGCCGUGGUAAACGUAACUUUAACGCAUGAUGAGCAAGUGAAACGAUUGUUGAUGGUUGAGUCCAAUAUUCACAAAAAUCGUUCACCUAUGGGAUUUGAUUGGAUGUUCAAAAGCACAGAGCAUGUCCAAAGUCUGCUCAUAAACAUUUAUGACACUAAAAUUCAGACAUUAUGGUGAAGCCACUUUUUGAGACACAGGGUUGUAUGUAGUCUGUAGUAUUAAAUGAACACUGUCACUUUUUGUGCGUUUACCUCAGAGAUGAAGCAUCUAAAGGUGCCUUGUACAAAUCAAUUAUGAAGAUGGGUCCAAUUUUUUUUUAUUGUUAUUAUUAUUAUUAUUGUUUUAAUAUCUAUUUUAAUAUUGUUAUAGGUUAUAGAGAUGUUGUUCCUCACCAAUAAUUGCACAUGAUUUAUUGCUUGGUAUGAUGAACUGCUCUACCGUGUUUGCACAUGGCAUCCAAGUGUCCUAAAUUUUGUCUUUGCCUGCUCUAUUCUUUGUAACUCAAUAUUUCCCUUAAAAAAGCACUAUAUAUUUCUAGUCAAAGCCAUCAAGUACAGAGAAUCAUAGUGCCGUUGUGUUUUUUUUUUUUUUUUUUUUUUAAAUAUUAUUAGUACACGAAAAAAAAAAUAUUGAAAGUAUGAGAAGAGAAAGAGUGACAAAAGAGUGGUAUGGCUGUGUUCCAGUACUGGCCUUCAUCACUUCCCCUCAUUAUUUCUCUGAGAGUUGUUAAACGAGCUCUUGAAUUCCGGAGAGAUCGAAUCGACACGAGUCAACACGUCUUCCCCACAAAACUCCAUUUAAAAUUGGAUAUCAAUAGGAUAGCAGUAAAAUAACAAUUUUUAUUUGAUUUGCUGCUGAAAUUGGUUUUUAUAUAGCCAACUACUCAGUCUAUAUCACACGUCAAGUAAUAGUUUCUGGUGAUAGCUGUGGUCAAAAAAAGACAGUGAAAAUGCCCACUAGGGUGCAACUAUGGCAGAUAAAACGGUACCCUAUGCUGGAUAAAACAAUAAAAUGCCCCUGUGAUAAGGUGCCCCUGUGAUAAGGUGCCCCUAUCCGCAAGAAAAUACAAUGCAAUGCCUUCUACGGUGAACUCCCUAUGGAGAAAAUGACUCACAGUGCCCUAUAGGCUCCCCUACAUGUGACAAAAUAACAUGAAGUGCCCCAUAUAAUUAUGUUUCAUUUCCAGCAUUUGGCAGAUGCUCUUAUGCAGAACGACUUACAUUUAUCCCAUUUAUAUAACACCGGGCCUUGCUCAAAGGCCCAGCAGUGGCAGUGCUUGGAUUUGAACUCACGGCCUUCACAACCGUCCAACAUCUAAACCACUGAGCUACAACUGGCGUCUCUAAUUUUUAGGCUCCCCUAAAUGUGACAAAAUUAGAUGACAUGCCCUAUAGGCUCCCUAUAUGCGACAAAAUGAGAUGACGUGCGCUAAUAACUUCCCUACAUGAAAGAAAAUUAGACGAAGUGCCCUGUAGGCUCCUAUACAUGCAACAAAAUGAGAUGAAGUGCCCUCUAGAUGUUCCUGCCCUUUUGAAAUUUUUCUUCUUUUUUUUUUUGCCCCUGCCCCUCAGACAGCCUGCGUGCGCCCGUGGUUGCCUGCAUCUUCCUGAUUCUUUAUUGAAAAUAAAUCAUUUGAAGUGAAAAGUAUCAGAACAAUACCCUGCUUCACUGCUGCUGCAAGGGGCCACUUGUAUGUGAUGUCAGCGAUGUGGUGUCUUGCUGAGGGGAAGUCAAUGAGGGCGUGUCACAAACGGUACUGGAAAACAGGAGGGAGAUGGACAGAGAGAGAGGGAGAGGGACAGAGAGAGAGGGAGAGAGAGAGGGGGGCAGAGAGAGAGAGAGAGAAAUACAGGAUUACAGGUUGUGCAGUUUUAGACCCUUCACUCCAUUUUAGAAGCAGAAACUCUCCUCUGUGUGUGUUUUUGUGGUAAAAUAAACAUUUGAAUAAUAUAUUGGACAGAAUUAAUAUGUCUCUUAACACGUGUUUUCCUUCUUCUCAGUGAAUAUUUUGCCAGGAAAUUUACUGUAUUAAAUACAUUUAGAUUAUGUAUACAUGUUUUAUAAAUAAAGAAAAAGACUGAGAUUUUUGUAUGAAAUGUGAUAUUCAAUAUUUUGUGUGAUGUUUAUUCUAUUUCAGUACUUCGAAGCUGAAUGUAUUGUGAUUGCUGAAGAAGCCGAAUGUGAUUAAAUAAAUUAAGAACUAAAUAAAUUAUGAAGCUCAA